AUGCUUCCACUGUCGCCACAACUUUAUGAUAAAAUAAAAUACUUUGCCAAGUUUCCUCAAACAGGUGUCUCCCUUCGUCAAAUGGUCAUGUUUGGACAGAAACCAUCAAAGGCAACAUUAUUUAAGGCUAGUCAGUUCUUACAUGAGGAGUUACCUAUUCGAUUAGCACACCGUGUGAAAGAACUGGACGAGCUACCAAGGAACUUGAGUAAGAUGCCUUCUAUCAUCAAAGUCAAACACUGGUAUGCACAGUCCUUUCAAGACCUUAUCGAACUAAAGACACCACAGAUAUCCAACGAGAUGAAGGAACAGCUAUACUCAAAAAUAGAAGAAUUACCCCCUAGUAUUCCCAACCCAUCUUUGGCCAACGUGAUUCAACCACAAUCUAGUCUGCACCGGGCCAUGCCUAGUGGACACAGAUAUUAUAGUAAUGCAUAUGAUGUGGAAUGUUCACCAGAGAUUAUAGAAUAUACCGACCAAUUUGUAAAGACAAUUGAACGAGUCAAGAGAAGACAUGACCCUGUUGUGACAACAAUGGCACAGGGUAUAUUGGAAUAUAAGGAGCAUUUGAAUUCACCCUUGAUUGACACAGAAGUACAGAGAUUCCUUGAUCGAUUUUACAUGUCACGUAUUGGCAUUCCGAGCUUAGGUCAACACGUUGCACUUUAUCGAGGACCAUCAAGAAAGAAUUAUGUGGGUGUGAUAUGUACAAAGACCAAUAUACGUGAAGUCGCGCAGGACGCGAUCGAUAAUGCGAAAUUCAUAUGUGAGGACCAUUACGGUUUGUUCAAGGCACCCGAAGUCCAUAUGUUUUGCCCAGGUGAUAUCGAGUUUAUGUAUGUGCCGUCUCAUUUGAACCAUAUGUUAUUUGAAUUGCUCAAGAACUCACUUCGUGCUGUUGUGGAGCGAUACGGGCCAGAUUAUGAGGAUGAGUACCCACCGAUCAAAUUGGUGAUUGCACAUGGUAAAGAAGAUAUCACUAUCAAGAUUUCGGAUGAAGGCGGAGGUAUUCCUCGUUCGGGAAUUCCACUUGUUUGGACUUAUAUGUAUACGACGGCUCAAGCUCAGGAAUUAGAGCCAGGAUUUAAUCAAAGUGAUUUUAAGGCGCCCAUGGCAGGAUUUGGCUAUGGUUUACCUAUUUCAAGACUGUAUGCAAGGUAUUUUGGCGGUGAUUUGAAAUUGAUUUCUAUGGAAGGUUAUGGAACAGAUGUAUAUUUGCACCUGAAUAGAUUAUCCAAUAGCGACGAACCCUUAAUGUAA